AUGGUCCCACCUAUCAUUAACGCGACCCUUCAAUCCACCGUCCUUACUCUCUGCUCACUCCUUAUUGCUCAGUAUUUCACGUCUUCGCCUCCGCCAAAUAUCCCAGCUCUUCUCCUCUACACCCUGCUCUCGACGCCUCCCAACUACCUUUGGCAGCAGUAUAUCGAAAAGAAUUUCCCCGGGUACACUGUCAAGAAAAUGAAUGUGGAUGACGGGGGCAAGGGUGUGGAGGUGGAGAAGAGGUUGAAUGUGCGGAACACGCUGAUCAAGCUUGGGCUCGAUCAAACGAUUGCGGCGGUGGUCAAUGUCGCGGCGUAUGUCGGAGGUAGUAGGGCAUUGAGGGGCGUGCCAUUAAAGGAAUGCUGGAUGGCGGUGAGGGAGCAAAUGUGGCCCGUCAUGAAAGCGGGCUAUAAGCUCUGGCCGGCCGUCAAUCUAGUGCAGCACUUGUUUAUACCCGUGGAGAGGAAGACGGUUGUUGGAAGCUUAGUAGGAAUGGGAUGGGGAGUUCGUCCAAAUCUCCACCUUACCUUGACAGAUCUCACUGGCUCACCGCGCCAAUCAGCUCGGAGCACUCCACCGCCUACGAGUCGUUUCAUCACUCCAUACCCUACUCCUGGAGAUACCCCGUUCGCCAGAACAGCAUACUCUCCCUACUACUCUGCAGGUCUCAAAGCGCCAACGAUUGACGAAACCCCAGAGUCAUUCGCCCCUCGCCGCACGAUUAGAUCGUGUUAUCGCAAACACAAUGGGUACCGCUUCAAGCGUUUGUUUGCGAGCAAGCCCGUAUGGCUUCUACUCAUGGUUAUUGCGUUGGCUCUAUGGUGGUUCAACGGAGGCAGUGAGGAGAUGAAUGUUGUCAAGCUUGGGGCCAGUGGCUUAGGCAGGGACUUCUUGCACGAGAGGAGAAUGCAUGACUAUCAAUUCUACCCGGCCACGAAUCCGAAGAUCCAUUACGUUGGCCGCUGGACGUCUACGCCCAAUAGAUUACGCAGAGAUGGAACAUUUCCAGGAGUCUACUUUGAUAUUUCCGUCAAGAAUACCACUUCUCUGCUCCUGGCCCUUCAUAAUGCGCCAGAGCAAGAGUCAAGCACACUAAGCAGUAUGCCAGAAGCAUCAACACUGCUAGUGCAUGGUCAUCGCAAGCAUUACUCAUUCCACCCAGUCCCCGGCGACAAAGCUGCACCGCCUGUCUCCUUGCUGGCCGAGGUCGAUGACCAAGAAUACAUUCUUCUGCCAAAUUCGUCAUCGCUAGUCACUAUCAGCUCCAAUGGCCUGGACGAGAGAAUAGAGCACCAUGUCCGCGUUGUCGCCCCAAUGACUGAUGACCAUGGGAUGGGCGUCGUGGAAUUGGAAGGUCUUUGGCUCAGCAAAGGAGGCAAGCUCGUCAAAGUGGCUGGGUCUUUGCUCAGCGAGGACUACGUGAACGAGGAUUUGCUGAACGCGGAGAACGAUCAAGUAGGAGAAAGGCAUAGGACUGGACUGAAUGACAUUGAGGAAGAUGGUACUACCAAAAGUGGUCGACAGAAGGCCAGCGAUAUUGCCGAAGACGACAAUAUUCCAUUCGCCAAUCAAGAUCGGAAAAAGCUACUUGAAGUUAUCACGGACUCACCGGGCUCUUUGACCGGAAAGCAACGGGGCAGGCGUACGGGAGGCGCGAACGGCUUGCUAUCUGGUGUCAUGGGCUGGGAGUACUUGCUGGGGGAGAUGUUUGGGGCUGAUCAUGUUGGAAUUGGUGUCGAUGGAAUGUGCCUAACGCCAGAUUGCAUUAGCGGCUCUGGCGAAUCAGCUGGUAUGGGAGAUGUGUUUUUUCGCAGUGGUCCCUAUGGCUCAGCAUACUUCGAACAUCCGUGGAUGUUCAGUGCUUACGUACCAGACGUCUUGGUGAUUAACCUUGGUGAUUCAGACGAUAUUUCUUUCAACGACCAUGCAUCUGAUCACAACAAGACUCUAUGGGACCUCUCUGAAAGCUUUGAGACGACAUACGUCUCCCUGAUCAAAGCGAUACGAGGACUGGCCUAUCCCAAACACCCAUCCAUUCUGCAAAGCGAGAGGAGUGGGACUCCUGGAAUGGUUUCGAGCAUAGCGCCAGCAGCGAUCCCCAUCUUCGUGAUGAGACCGUUGCGGGGUCAGCUUGAACAAGCUACUCAGAACGCAGUCGCCAAGCUUAGAGCUGAUGGAGACAAGGCGGUGUUCUGGCUCGACACCUCCGGCUGGCUUGAUACGAGCGUUGACGACUCGGAGGGCCUUGACUUCUUCUACGACGACACCGCGGCGCCCCCGAAGUGGAGAUUGACAGUGCAAGGGAACCAGCGAGUUGCUAUUUUCCUGCACAUGCAUGUUUGCAGAUAUCUUGCUGGCGUGGAGGAUAGAUGCGCUUUCCUGCCGCACGAAGUAUAUCAAGGCAAGGUCUUUAAUCCUGAACAGAAGAACUUUGACAAGUAUAUAGAAGACGAGAAAGAGAGAAAGCUGAAGAAGAUAUUUUGGGAGAAGGAGGGGGCAGUGAAGGGAGAUCUCCUCGUCUAA